CUCUUUUUUCUCCUCAUACUCCCGCAAACACAAUGGCCAACACUCCUCACGGCGGCGUCCUCAAAGACCUCUACCUUCGCGACGCUGACAAGCAAUCUGCCCUUCUUGCUGAGGCGGAGACCCUUCCCUCGCUGGUUUUGACUGACCGCCAGCUCUGCGAUCUUGAGCUUAUCCUCAACGGCGGUUUCUCUCCUCUCGAAGGCUUCUUGAACCAGAAGGAUUAUGAAGGUGUUGUCGCAGAUAUGCGUCUUGCCUCCGGCACUUUGUGGCCCAUGCCGAUCACUCUUGACGUUGAUCAGGAAAAGAUCGAAGCUUCCAAGAUCCAGCCUAACAACCGUAUCGUCCUUUUGGACUCCCGUGACUACCAGCCAUUGGCCAUCUUGACCGUCCAAGAUGUCUACCGCCCCGACAAAUCAAAGGAAGCCGCUGGUGUCUAUGGUGCCGAUGAUCAGGCUCAUCCAGCUGUCCACUACCUUCACAAUAUUGCCGGCGACUUCUACGUCGGUGGUUCCCUCCAAGCCGUUCAGGCUCCCGCCCAUUACGAUUAUGUUGCCAACCGAUUCACCCCCAGCGAAUUGCGUGCUCACUUCAAGAAGCUCCAAUGGACUCGCGUUGUUGCUUUCCAAACCCGUAACCCUAUGCAUCGUGCCCAUCGUGAAUUAACCGUCCGCGCCGCCCGUGCCCGCAAGGCUCACUUGUUGAUCCACCCUGUCGUUGGUUUGACCAAGCCUGGAGAUAUCGACCACUACACCCGCGUUCGUGUCUACAAGGCAUUGAUGCCCAAGUACCCCAACGGCAUGGCCGAACUCAGCUUGUUGCCUUUGGCUAUGCGUAUGGGUGGUCCCCGCGAAGCCGUGUGGCACGCUCUCAUCCGUAAGAACCACGGUGUCACCCACUUCAUUGUCGGUCGUGACCACGCUGGUCCCGGCAAGAACUCGCAGGGCGUUGACUUCUACGGCCCCUAUGAUGCCCAGGAUUUGGUAGAACAGUUUAAGAGCGAGAUUGGUAUUGAAAUUGUACCUUUCCAGAUGGUCGCCUACUGCCCUGAUUCUGACGAGUACAUGCCCGCCAACGAAGUCCCUGAAGGUGUCAAGACUUUGAACAUCAGCGGUACCGAGCUCCGUCGCCGCUUGCGCACUGGUUUGCCCAUUCCUGAAUGGUUCUCAUACCCCGAAGUCGUCAAGGUCCUUCGCCAGUCGCAUCCUCCUCGCGCACAACAAGGUUUCACGGUCUUCCUCACUGGCUUGCACGCCUCUGGUAAGAACGCUUUGGCCCGUGCCUUGCAAGUCUCUUUGAACCAGGAAGGCUCCCGCUCUGUCUCAUUGUUGAUGAGCGAGAACGUCCGCGCCGAACUUUCCUCCGAGCUUGGCUUCUCCAAGCGUGACCGUGAUUUGAACAUUGGUCGCCAAGCUUUCGUUGCCGGAGAAUUGACCCGCGCUGGUGCUGCUGCUAUUGUUGCACCCAUUGCUCCUUACGACGAGGCUCGCAAGAAUGCUCGUCAGGCCAUUGAAAAGUAUGGUGGUUUCUACCUUGUUCACGUCUCGACGCCUUUGGAAGACUGUGAGAAGCGGGAUCAUGACGGUGUCUAUGAGCGUGCACGCAAGGGUGAAAUCAAGGAUUUCACUGGUAUCGAUGACCCUUAUGAGGUCCCUACGGAUGCUGACCUUUCCGUCAACCUCAGCGAACAGUCGAUUUCCCAGGCUGUCCAUGAGAUCGUCUUGCUCUUGGAAAAGGACGGCUAUGUUGGCUCUGCAUAGAUGUAAAAUAUCUUAUACUCCCAUUCCCAUCACCUCCUCCCUUCGUCCUUAUAAACUCAUGUAUACAUUUGUGCCUUCGAUAUAUAUUUUGUCUUCAUACUCUUUCAUCAUGAAUUCUCUCCUAUUCUCAAAAUUCUGUAAUAUCUUCUUUGCUUUUUUAUAUACACCUAAAAAUACAACAACUACCACUUGGAUAAGUGGUAGACUUUACUAUAAUAUUUUUCAAGUAGUUUACAGCUGCCGUUACUUUCUGUUGAAUCCGGUAGUUGUGUAGCUGCUGACAGCA